GUGAGUGUGUGCCAAGAUGCCACGUUUCAGAUCCCAGCGAGUCGUGGCGUGGUGUGCUCGGGGAGCGGCAAGCAGCCGCUUGGUGUGGAAUGCCCUCGAAUUGGUGACGCAGCUCUAGACGAAUGCUUCCCGUAUCUCGCCAGCUUCGACGGCACCAACUGCGUCGCGAAGGAGAACGCGCAGUGCGUUCACCUCGAAGGCAGGAAUGCCUGGGGCUGUACGUUUCCUUCG